GCUUCACACUCCAGUCCAGCUGGUGGCGGUAAUACACCAUAAGUUGGCUUGUCAACCGCCAUUAAAUAGUACAAGAAGAAGAACCUGCAUAGAUAUUUGUGAAAUUGCAGACCGUGGUCGCCAACGUUAACGCUUAUCAAUAUGCACAGAACAGUGUUGCUGCGGGAUGAGAAGAUUGCCCUUCAGAGAUGCCAGAGCUGUUGCUCUAAUUACCAUUGCCCCUUCUGCGGACCAAAAGUGUUCAAACCCACCAUGAAUCUUCAUGUGGUGGAGAAUCAUGUCUGCAACCACUUAUCUUUGGCAGUACACCAUGAAGAAUUCCUGAUUGUCAAGUGCAACUUACAGUGUAGAGAACAGGCACAUUUUCACUGUUGCUAUUGCCCAAACACAGUUAUAAGGAAAAUCCAGAUUGUAAAACAUUUAGCAUCAUGCAAAAAAAGACAAGUUCCACCUACAGAACCAGCCACUGUUGAACCAGCUACAAUCAGUGAACCAGUUGUCACCUGUGAACCCAUUGUCCCCAGUGCAUCAGUUGACAUCAAUGAACCAGUUGUUCCCAGUGCACCAGUUGACUUUAAAGAAUCAGCUGUGGCUGAAGGUGUCCCUUUGCCUAUUAAAUCCCUGCUUGUUCCCAAAAAAUUGCGUAUUCAGAAAAAAGUGCAGUGCGGUCAUUGUGGAAUAACUGUCAACAAGAAAAAUCUAGAUAUUCAUGUUAAAAGAAAGCACACUGGUAAGAUCUGUGAUGUUUUGGAAGACCGUCACCUACCUUCACAGUGCAUUGACCCAGUGAGUGGUAUAUAUGCGGUUGAAAAGUCAUUUCACAGACCAUGUUCUGUAAUCCAUGUACAGAAAAAAACCUCAGGUCCACAUCCUGUUGUCACAUGUGAAAUGGAUGAAUGCAUUUCCAGUGUAGAAUUUGCCGCUCGAAGUGGCUUUCAGCACUUUGAGUGUAUACAUUUGAAGUCACUGCAGUUCUGUCCAUGGCCCAACAAGAUACCAGUUGUCCUUGAUGAAGAUGUUCUGGUAGACAUGAUAGCCCCAAAUGUCUUUGGGGAACAGACCAAGGCAACCUGUGUGGCUACAAAGGCAGCAGCAAAUUUGGCUGGUGUUCCAUUGUCUGUUGAGUUGACUAUUGGAGGUCCUUCUACAAAGAAGUACAUUUCUGUGUAUGAAUCCAAAGUGUCAUACUACAGCAGACUUGGUAGAGUCGUUGCUUCCUAUGACAGCACUCGCAACACAUGGCAUUGUCCCUGUGCUAAGCCAAGAGGAUCUUGUUUGCACAAAAACAUAGCCAGGUGGCAUCUUUUCCAGCUGCACAGGCAGUUGUUUGUAUCAUUACCCAUCGACAGACAUGCACAGUGCCUAGCACAAGAACAUGCUUGUUGAGAUGGCUCUCAAUGCAGAACACAAGAUCCAGGGGGCGUGGUUGAAUCCAGAUUUAACUCCUCCCACGUUACAUAUACAUAAACUUACCAGUCUCCACCCCGUGAUCCCUAAACCCAUCAACCUCUACCAUCUCCACCCCCAGAUGUGGAUCCAACCACACCCCCUAGAUCUUGCGUUCUGCAGUGAGGGGGCUACUGAGCUUGUCAGGAAAGUACCAGAUUGGAUUAUCGCCUAGUGGUAAAGGUCUAAAAAAGAUG